AUGGCUCCCCGAAGAAAGCGCCAGCGUCUCUCGCUCGAUGGAGCAGAAGCCGUCACAGCAACCGCCGACGCCGAGCAACCGUCCAAUUCGUCUACAGCGGCGCCCAAAGAAGCUGCGCGCCGACAACUCUUCGUUCGCGGACUUGCGCCCACCGUUACGACCGAAGACCUUACCGAAUACUUCUCCGAAUCGUACCCAAUCAAGAACGCGCUCGUUGUUCUGGACAAGGAAACCAGGGAAUCGAAAAGCUACGGUUUCGUAACAUUCGCCGACGUCGAAGAUGCGCAAAGAGCGAAGGAGGAGCUGAACAAUACGGAGAUCAAGGGCAAGAAGAUCAAGGUCGACUUUGCCGAGGCGAGACAACGUGAAGGCGAAGAGAAGAGGCCGAGGGCUGGUGACAGGGCCAAGGCGGAGCGCGAGCAGCAGAUCAAGGAUGCGCAGACACCAAAGUUGAUCAUUCGCAAUCUGCCAUGGACCGUUAAGACGCCGGACGAUCUACAAAAGUUGUUCCGAAGCUAUGGCAAAGUCAACUUUGUCAAUCUGCCCAAGAAGCCCAAUGGUGAAUUGAGAGGUUUCGGUUUCGUCUCGCUACGUGGGAAGAAGAACGCGGAGAGGGCGAUACAAGAGCUGAACGGCAAGGAGGUCGAUGAAAGACCCAUCGCUGUGGACUGGGCUGUGGACCGGGAAACAUGGCAGAGCCUGCAAAAGACUGCACAGGAGGGAGAUGAUGCCAAACCAGACGGAGAAGACGAAGAUGAAGAUAUGGAAGACGCCGAGGAUUCUGCUGCCAGUUCCGAUGACGACGACGACGACGACGACGACGACGACAAAGCGGACGACAGCGACGACGACGAAGACGAUAGCAACACCGACUACGAGGACAUGUCAGAGGAUGACGAAGAUGGCGGAGUGGAGCUUGAACAAGAGGACAACCGACCGAAGCGUGAGGAAUACACUCUCUUCGUGCGCAAUGUGCCUUUCACAGUUGACGACGAACGUCUCAAAGAGCACUUCCAGCAAUUCGGUGGCGUCCGAUUUGCCCGUGUCGUGGUCGACCGCGAGACCGAACGACCGAAAGGCACAGGAUUCGUCUCAUUCUUUGCAGAAGAAGACAUGAUCAACUGCCUUAAAGGUGUCCCACGUGUCAAGCUACAAAAGAAGAACCUCGACAAGAAGGACGGCUCCACCAUCACUGUCACACACUCUGUGCUCGAAGACGAAGACGCCGACCCAACAGGCAAAUACACCAUCGACGGUCGCAUCCUACAAAUCUCCCGCGCAGUUGACAAGAAUGAAGCUACGCGUCUGACAGCGGAAGGCGCUGCUUCGCGCUUUAGCCGAGACAAAGACAAGCGUCGCCUCUACCUUCUCUCCGAAGGAACUAUUGCGUCCAACUCGCCACUCUACCAGAAGCUCUCGCCCUCUGAAAUCAAGAUGCGCGAAGAGAGCGCAACAAUGCGCCGUAAGCAAAUCCAGGAGAACCCAUCGCUCCAUUUAUCUCUCACUCGUCUCUCCAUACGCAACAUUCCUCGCAGCAUCACAUCCAAGGACCUGAAGCAGCUUGCUCGUAGCGCCGUCGUUGGUUUUGCUGCCGAUGUCAAGGAGGGUAAGCGACAAAAGCUUAACAAAGAGGAAGUCAUUCGUGGCGGUCAAGAAAUGCUUGUCGCAGAGAAGAUGCGUAAGAAGAAGGGCAAGGGUAUUGUCAAGCAAGCCAAGGUUGUCUUUGAGACGCCCGCUGGUAGCAAAGUUUCUGAGGACACUGGUGCUGGAAGAAGCAGAGGAUAUGGAUUCAUCGAGUACUACACACACCGAAAUGCGCUCAUGGGUCUUCGAUGGCUCAAUGGCCACGCCGUGGACUACAAGAUCAAGUCUGGCCCCACGCCAAAGAGCAAGAAGGCUGCUCAAGAAGCACUCGCAGACAAGCGGAAACGUCUCAUUGUCGAGUUUGCCAUCGAAAACGCCAAUGUUGUUAAUAGGCGCUCAGACCGCGAGGAGAAGGCCAGAGAGCCACCAAAGUCGAAGGCUGAUGGCGAGGCUGACAGCGAUGAUGCCGAGCCGGGUGCGACCAAAGGCAAGAAGCGCAAGCGUGAUUCUAGCGCUGCGGGUCAGAAGGCGGGCAAGGGUAAGGACAGCGGCAAGGGAAAGCAGGGUACGGGUGCUGCGGAAGCUGGCGCGGAUGCCGGUGCAGUAAAGGGCAAAGACGGAAAGCUGGCGCAGCGGACAAGAAUCAUCGCGAAAAAGAGACAAGCGCGGAAGGCGAGAAAGGCUGGUAAAGCGUGA